AAAAAUUAAUCAUAUUUAUCUGUAGUCAUCUGUAAAAAAUUUUUUUUCAUAUAAAAUAUAAAUACAUCAUAUAAUUCUUCAGAAAUAUUUCGUAAUGAAAAGUAUUUUCAUAAAACAUAUUAUGUGUAUUACAGUUUAAAUGAUCAAAGCAAGAAACAAAAUAAAAUUAAAGAUUAAUUGCCACCGCACCCAGCCGAUACAACAAACCAUGAUAAACAAACCAUGUUAGUUUCUUGUCGCUGUCUACUUUUCUAUUUACUAUUAUUUUUUGCCGCUAUAUAUUAAUUGUCGGUUAACUUUCGUUUGACGAAGCCCUUCCCCGCUCAGAUCUGUAAACUCUCUGUAUUAGCUGUUCUGUUUUCAUUUCAUAGCAUUGAUAACACGAGGUACACCUGCAUCGGAAUGGACUCUCGGCUCAUCACUAUGUCCCAGGGGAAGGGGAGGGGGAAGAGCCCGGAGGAAUCUCGCCGCAGCAUCUCGCAUGAUGGAUACAUUAAGUACCGCCCGUCACGUCGCAUCGCGCCGUUGACGGUGUCCGUCUCGCUCGAUGAAGAAAGUGUCGAUUUCUCCCUAGACAAAAAUUCGACGACUCCGGGAACCCUUCUUCGCGGAGUAGCCGCCCGUUUUCCAUUUCCAUUCAGCGAGAUGGUACGGCGAACGCACCGCCGAUCGCCGGUACAUUUUCACGGUGGGAGGCGAUCGCGUCUAUGCUCUUUUUAUCUUGUAUAAAAGAGAAGAGGUGUUGCGCAGAUAGCUGCAAUACAUCUAGAUCAUCCGCGGCGGCAAGCACGGAGACCGGACACGGAUCGAAUCUCGGACCUUUGGUCGGUCAGCAGGUGGCGAGCGAACACCGCCUCUUCGCCACCCUCGACACCUCGCGACGACACGGAUAGCGCGACGUGCAGGUCAAAUAGGGGGUGCAUCAUCAGGCUUGACAAGCGGCACGAGUAAUUCAAGGGCCGGCAGUAUGCGGUGCUUGGCCCUCUGUGUUUUGCUGCUGGCUAUCAGCGAACCUCUCCUUACUCACGCAAAGGUAGUGCUAAUCGUGCCUCGACAAGUAAGACGGAGCCCAGCAGUGCCAUGGAGACCUCCGGGUCAUUACGGUGUAAAUGACUUUCCUCGUCAUUAUGGUCGCGUUAAUCGUUAUAACAAAAAGCCAUUCCGGCCACCGUACGGGGGCGACGAUUUCGAUCAUGGUCCCGAAGCGGUGAAUCACGUGAAUGUACCGUAUGGCAAAAGCAUCGGUCACAGCAUCUCUUUUGGCAAAGGAUACAUCCCGUACGAUAACAUCAAAGGUUUGCCGUUUGUACAUGAAAGAUACGCCGGUGCUUAUGGACGUCAACCGGCCAUUCCGGAUUAUCCGCCCACCAGUUUCACAUCGGUAGGUCAGGAAUACGCGACGGGACCGACGACGGCGCAUUCCUAUGAAAAUUCACACUUGGACUCGUACUUCUCGGACAUCGAGAGUUCUGCCAAGGGCGAGCACGGCAGUCUGAAGGAUAGCACGAACAAAUACUACGACACCCGGUCGAUCGAGAAGGACCUCAGUCUGAGAAAUCAGCAGGCCCUCAGCAGCAUUCUGGAGAAGGGCAAGAAUAUCCUAGCAAAGGGCACCGAGGGCUCGCCCUCGGACGCAUCUUCCGCCGCGUACGCCGCCGCCUCCACCAAUCCGAUCACCAGCGUGCAGGGUGCCGUGAUAGUGCCAGCGGGUAUACCACCGGCAACUAUCGCCGGUAACAAGGACGGCAUCGUGCUACGGGACACCGUGUCCCUGGACGAGUAUCAGAAGAAACUGGAGGAACUCACCAAGGCCUGGCCGAGUGUGUUAUCCGGCGGCGCCAACUUCGCGGCGCCCCAGCAACUGCACGCUGGUUUCCCGACGACCGGUCUGCCAGGUGCCGGCUUUGGCGGUGCGACUGCGGCCGGCGGUACCAGUUGGCUCUCCAGCUUCGCCCAGUCCAAGCAGGGCUAUGCCGUGCACGAAGACCACAAAGACCCCACGACCUAUGACUUUAGAACGAUGACCGUACAAGGUGCCCCAUACCAACAGAUAUCUUUCGGCGGUUUCCCGACUGGCACGGGGAUCGUCCCGAGCGCUCAUGGGUAGAUGUAGAAUACAUACGGGAAAAACCAUUAAUGCCAUCCGGUUUGCGCAUUUAGUAGUUAAAUUUGGUUUGCAAUAUUUAAGAAAUAUUUAUUUUUUUAUUUACGUAAUUGAUAAUAUAGCUCCACUAUUUUAUGAAACAGUUAAAAGAAUCUCGUUGAAUUACAUAUACGUGUAUAGUCUCUUCAUGAAUGCGGAUGUACCGGACGUCAUUAAUAAUAUAUCGUAUGCCUAAUUAUACGCUUGAUCGGAAACAAUGUGAUUCUGAUAAAAUUAACUACACUUUUCACAGACACGGCAAGAUGUAAUAUACAUUCAUAUUGCCACGAAUGUAUAAUGUAUACGAGGGUAUAUACUCGCGCGUUGCUUUUGAGACGUUGAAAUCUCAAUUCAAUGAAAUUAUAUAUGGACUUCAGGGAGUCUAAAGUAUUCGUACAUACAGAAAUGUUACGCAGUGUGCACAUAACGAUACAUUUACACCAAUAUAUAAUGUGUGAAAUUGGGUCAAAAUUUUACAUAGAAUUUAAAUCUUUAAAAUUUCUUAGACUCUAUAUUUUGAUGGACUUAGAAUACUCUCGUCUAUUCUCUCAUGUAAAAAUUUUUUUAUUUACACUGAUGCAAAAUUGAUUGGAGUUAGUCAUGUGAAUUGAUCAAAAGAAAUUCCUGCCUUAAAAGUGCCAAUAUACAUAUUUGAUAAAUGAGAAAUAUUACUGUAAAAUUGUUUAACAUUUAUAUUAAAUUCCAUUUCCAUUUUUCAAAGCAGAGAAAGAAAGAGAGAGAGAAAAGGAGAGGAAGAAAAUAUAAUCUUCAUUAUUUUAACAAGAAAACAACGCAACUAAGUGUCCGGCUCUUAAUUUUAAUAAGCUUUUGUGAUAUGUUAACAAUUAACAUAUCACAACAGAAGAGAUAUACGUAUUCUUUUUAUAAAUGUUGAAUCGUACAUUAAGAGGAUAAAACACACCUUUGAAAGAAAUCGAUUUUUAUUUCGAAGCAAAUAUUGUCGAAAUUAUAAAAAGUAGAAAAAAUUUUCUAAA